AUGAUCUCGCUGGAAGAUAUGGACAAUGUGGAUAAAGCAACUCAUAGGUUAGCGAGAGUUAUCGAAGAAGGAUGCCACGAAAGCAUGCCUAAAGGACCAAUACCAAUAGGCAAAGUUCAGGGUCAGGGGUCUGAUGGAGUACGUGACAUUGUUAUAAGAGGCGUUGUGAAAUGGAGACCAGAUAUCCUGUCUAAAGCCCUCAACCAAUGUUUUAGAGAAGGGAAAUUCUUUGAGCGAAUAACUAAAAGUAGGCUAGAAGCGCACCUAGAGAACGGAGGUGGAUUGAGCGACCAACAGUUUGGCUUCAGCAAGAGAAGGUCAACGGUAGAUUCAAUAGAUAAAUCAAUGAUAUUAGUCAAAGAAAAGUCUACAGGCAAUCUCCGGCGCAGAGGGGUAUGCGUCUUAGUAGCGCUGGAUGUGGCAAAUGCGUUUAACACUGCUAAUUGGCAAAGAAUUAACGGAGCAUUAGGGAGAAAGGAAGUCCCAAACUACCUGGCUAAGAUUAUCCGGAGCUAUAUGAGCGAGCGAUUCAUAAAUUAA